AUGAGUCGGAGCAGUCCGAGUAGCAGCAGCAGCGUGAAGGACUCGCCGCCGUUUUUUGUGAUUACCCGUCGAGAGGCCAUCUUCUGCCUCCUCCCCCUCGCCACGGCGCUUUCGCUGCUGCUCCUCGCCUCCGCCGUGGACAGUGGUGAUGCUGUCUCGGACGUCGGUGGUGGCGCGAGCGGCAAGAGGGAUUGCAGACGACGCUCACGAACGGGUCACUGCGUGGCGGAGCUCUUCAGCCUCUACGACGACGCGUACCAAUCGUUAUGGCCCAGCCGCGUGGACCUCGUAAUCCGCAGCCACGUGUCAAGCAGCUUCUUCCUCCUCGAGAUGCUCUUUGACAGCAUCGAGCAGAUGUGGCCACGUGGCAUUGGUGACGUCAUCCUCAUCCUCGACAGUGACGAGCGAUUGGCUGAGGACCUCAUUCCCACGUGGAUAAAAGUCUACUACGAGAUUAACAGGCUGAAUCUUCCAGGAAAGAUCCUGCAGCAGUGGAGCUACCUCUGGGCUGACAACUACACAACAGCCCCGUGCGUGGCCUUGAUUGACGAUGACGUCAUCUUCAACAUGAAAGUAACACCCGGGUUACUGUUCAACCUGAUAGAUGGCAAGCCGUACGUGAUUGGCAGCGCGCAGCGACAGCUGGACCACUGGUUACCGUCCACCAAGUUUUUCGUUGACGAGGACAAGUACUUCGCCAACUUCAUGGUGCAGCUGCCGUUCCUGAUGCCGACCAGCGUGCUGCCAAGAUUCAGAAGCCAUGUGGCGAAUCUGCACAAGGAUAAGGGCGGCAGCUUUGACUCCGCUUUCAAGUGGUUCUCGAAGCAUGGGCCGAAGUUUGAGCGGACCCAAAUUGCCCACACGACCAUUGGGAACUACAUGUGGGCGUAUGCUCAUGAUGAGGUGCACUGGGCCUUGGAAUGGACCAGUCACACGCCGAUCCCUCGCGUGGGCGUGCAUCUGCCCUACACGCAGCCGUUCGGCAUCGCCACAAAGCACGACGACAACGCGCCACGUGUCAUCAAUACGUAUGUUCAGGUGGCAGCUUACUACUUGCACGAGGGUGUGUGCCAUGCAUUGCCUGAUGGGGAGCUGCCUGGGUGUGAUGAUGUGAACCGCUUCCCUCAGAGGCAGAUAUGGCAGUAUGCCAUGGAUUGGUAUGACUGGCCUGCUAUCAAGAAGAAGAAGGCUAAUGCUACUAUAUUGUAUGAUCAGUACCGGAGUGAGCUGGCAUGCAUGUACUGGAGGGUAGCUCAGGCAGGUGGAGAGGAGUCCGCUGUGGUGGGGACAACUGUGCAGCUGAGAGGGGCUGAUCCCGCAGGGAGAAGAAGGGAGCUCUUGACACACCUUCAAGAGUGUAUCACCCCAAGGUAA